AUGGACGUAUCGCCGAAAAAUUCGCACGAACAGUGCUUCUCCCAAGAAAAAGAGGAAAUCUCGAAGAACAUUGAUUCAUCUGUGGGGAAAAAUCAAAAUGAAAAUAUCGAAAAUGCAACAUACAUUCCGUAUCGUAACUUGAUCUCGAGUUCAGCGUCGAUUAGUCAUAUCGGGAAGAAAAUAUCUGACAGAAAGACGGAGGUGGCUUUAUUGAAGCAAGAACCAGCUGGUCGUCAGCUGAUCGAGCUGAGUGACAGCGAUUCCAAAAUGAUGCUGCGACAACAAUUUGCAGGAAUGGCAGAGAGUGAAUCCAAUUUGCAGCACGACGGGUCGCAUUAUGAAAAUAUGGAAAUUCUACGAAAAUUACCGCCUGAUACGGUCGUGAUAAGACAGGAAACGAGGACGAGCAGGGAGGAUAGCGAUUGCAGAGAAUUGAUAGAAACAAACAGCAGUGGAAGCAGCUCGACUUCCGGUUGCAUAGCUGCUAAAGCAAAAAGAUUUAUCCGGGCCAGGAAAAAAACUCGUGAUAUUGUAGAAGUGAGACGAAAUCCCAUGCGGGUAUCCAAGAAGAACAAGGAAUUUCCUCCAUCAAAACAGCGAUUAUUAGUCAACAGUAGGAAAGAAAUUUGCGCAAAUUAUGAAUCCGCUAAACAUAUUAAAUCAGUCACGAUGCCAUACAUGAAAACCAGAUCCGUCACGCGAAAAAUGUAUACUGUGGGUGCAACUUAUCAGGCACCUACCAAAAAAGAUGAGACCGAAUGGAAAGAAUGGCCUGCGCAUGGAAUGCACGAAAGACCAGUUUUUCAUCCCCAAGCUGGUCUGGCAGUGGAGUACCUAGGAAGAUAUUUCACCAGCCUCGACGGAUUCUCCCUCUGCGAGAUAAUCGACGAGCCGGAAAUCGAAGUGGUCGCGGUCGAUCCACAUCGCGAUCGACGGGCCUCUUCCGCCGAGAAGAAGCCGAAGAGAAGGACGAGGGUGAAAGGCAGAGGUUCGUCAAACCCCAAAGUUACAUGGAACGCUUACUUCUCCGGGGGAGACACCUCUUUCGAGACGUGCAUGCACGGAAGUCUUCACUGCGUGCUCGGUUAUUGCUCGCAAGUGAUGGCCCCAGUUUAUAAGCAAGCGGUGGAGGAGCAGCUGAAGUUGACAGGUCCCGCAUUUGCGGAAGCACCGGCAAGGAUGGCAAAUUUCAAGCCUAACCAAACCGCGAGUUCCUCCGAAACGGCAAAAUUGAUCGAAGCCAUCGCUGUAGCUCGGAAUAAAAAUAUUCCGAACCGUCGAAGACCCGUCGCGACUUGUCCCUCGUCUUCGGCAACGUUUACACCGGAAGCACAAAACAGCUCAAAAAUGAUUCCGCAGAGCGGAGAGACAAUCGGAAUGAAUUUGAAACGGAUCCUGCGAGACGCCUCGUGCAGCUCCUUGAUCCUGCUGAGGAAUUCGGAGAAAGCCAGCUGCGAAGACUCCUCAGCGAAGGACAGCUUCGGACCAGCGAAGUUGGAAGACGUCAAGACACCAAGUGAGGUGUCGUCGAUCUAUAAGAACCUGGUUUUUGCCGGCAAACCGGUUUUGGAACACGAGAAAUCGUCGACGACGAAUAAUCUGUACACCUUGAAGAGAUAUUCCGCGAAUACGACGAAGAAGACCUUUCUGGAGGACCAGUUGGAGAACGAGAAGACUGCCCAGGUCGUGAAAGAGAGCCACAAAGGCAGAAGCUAUGAUAAAAUGAGGAUUGUUAGAGAAUCGGCUGAUGAAGUCCUGAUGAUGAAGAACAGUACGAACGAGACUUCGGAGAUCGCCAGAAUUCUGUCGGAAUACAACAGUGAUACGUUGAGGAAGUCCGCGUCACACAAUCGGAUUUACGAUUCGAGUGCCAACAAAGCUUUGCCGAAGAACAUCUGGCAGAAAGGUGCAAUAACAGCGGAGGAAAAUCCAAACUUCGUGAUUCCGGAUGGAAAUUCGGACCUCGAUCUCACGCAGGAAAAGUGGAAGAGAUACAAUUCGAUCUUAGGGGAAAAGAUCAGAAACAGUGAACUCCCUAGGAGUGUUCAAAAUAGCCAAAACAGCUGUUCGAUGUCAUCGGACCAGUUCCCUCUCGUUGAUCGGCAAAUGAGCUUAAACAAAUACAUAAGAGAGAAGUCCGCUGCUAAAUCUUGCAAGGAGCGCAAAAUUGUUGUGACUGAAGCAAAACUGGAGCAGAAAGGAACCUCGUUCGAAGACGAAAUCAUGUCGACUACGGAACCAUUGCAAGAAUUACUAGAAAAUACUGCAAUUUUGUAUUGUGCUGCUACUGGGAUUCACCAAGAUGAUCUGUCAAAUUAUAUUGACACUCUUGACAGCAAGCAGAGCAUUCAGUGGCUGGAGAGCUGGAAUAACUCCGUCGUGUAAAACGUUGAAGAUAAAAUAAUCUUUUACUAUAUGCGCGUUAUGUUGAAUUUAAAGUUAUGUUUACUUAUUAUAAAGAAUUUUUUUUAUCUACAAGAUAAUUUCGUAGAGCAGUUUACACACU